AUGUUCAUUGGCGGACCUUGUUAUAAACCUGACGAUCAAAUUCUGUGUCGGUUCAACAAGACUAUUGAUGCAGAUGCUGUGUAUGUCAGUCCAGAACUAGCAUAUUGUAUCACUCCACCAUUGUAUGUUGUUGGUCUUAUCCAAGUUGAGCUCUCAUUGGAUGGCGGUGUAACAUUCAACUAUACUGGCACCUUCAGAUCAAGUGAGUUGAUUGACAGAGAUUUUGAUUCAAUUUAAUUUGCCAUAAUAUUAUAAAAAUAUUUAUUUUCUAGUACAAAAUCCAAUUAUAGUGAAUUACGUAUAGAUCGAUGACUAUAUAUAUAAACACAUUACGUACAAUGAGUGAGAGGUCAUUUAAACAUCUUUUGGUCACAAUAAGUUUAAAACAUAUAAAAUUGAAAGUUGCGCGUAGUGUUGAACAAUCCGAACAACGAUGGGUGCUGUCCACAAUUUGAUAAAUUACGAUUAAUACUUGCAGGGACUACAUAUAGUAUAUAUAUUUUCACCAAUUCCAUUUUCCUAUUUUGUAUAGUAUACGGUAUUAUUCUCUCAAGCAUUUGUAAGGUUUUGGCCAAAAGAUAUGUUUCUUCUUAACGACGUCAGAAAACAUUAAUUAGUAAUAUGCAUGAUCUUUUUUAUAGUUCCUUUAGGUAGAAAUCCUCCAGAUAUACAAGGGUUAGAAGUGGAACAUUGGGCCAACUCGACUAAAACGGUCUUAACCUGGAAUCAAAAUGAAAUCAACGAGUCACACGUUGACAUUGAAAUAUUUCUGUUUGACACCUUUGAGUUCCGUCUUCAUCAAGCUAGUUUAACUAGCUUUAAACAUAUCCCUAACUCCGGGAGCUACCAUCUUGAUUUCAGCCAGGAAAAUAUUUCUACGAGGUAAGUACUCAAAAUAAAGCACGGUGUAAAAAAAAACAAUUAUAUAGUACCAUUACUAAAUAUUCCAACUUUUAGUUUUUGUGCACAAAACCUUCAUCUUUAAUUUUUUAUUUUAUUAACUUCUAUAUAUCUUCUUGAAUGGUUUGACAUAUAAUCCACCCGAGUAUUUUACGAAAAUGCGAGAAACGAGCAAAAUGUUUGGCAGAAUUAUAUUACAAAUCAUUCAAUGGGAUUUUUGAUAUGACAUACCUCAAGAACUCAACUAGAUUUCCUUGUCUUUUUUGUUUUAAAUGCAGGGGCGUAGGAACCGGGGGAACCGGGGGCGGGGGGCAGGUGGGCCAGGCCCCCCAAGUUUUGCCCAAGUGUCCUAUUUCCGGAAGCAAAGUGCCCUUUUUUUGCGUGAAAAAUUUUCAUUAAGAUUGCAUUUUUUGCCCAAAGGGCACUUUUGAAAACGUGAAUCUAUGUUAUUUGCGGAAAAAUUUUUUCAUUUCCGAGAAAAAUCUUAUAUAUCCGGAAAAUUUUUUGAUAUGUCCGGAAAAAUUUUUUCGUAUUGAGGAAAAAAUGUGGUAUAUUCGGAAAAUGUUUUUUGGUAUGUCCGAAAAAUUAUUUUUGAGAUGACCUUCCCCCCGUCGCCAACAUUUCUGGGAAAAAUUUUUUUUAGAUGCCCUUUUUUUCGAAAAGUGCCCCUCAAAGCCUGGUCCCCCAACUUUUAGAAGUUUCCUACGCCCCCGGUUAAAAUGCUCAUGUUUUUGGCCACAUAAACAGAUAAUCUAAAAGAAAUAUUCCACCUCAAACAUGUGUCAACCUGACAACCUUAAAACUUAAGGUUUAAGUGCGGUGAAAAAAAAAUUCUCGACCAUUUGUAUCAUGUGUUUUUCACUGAUAUUCUUGACUUGCAAUCAAUCCCUUGAGAAUUAGAAGACAAUGGCAUCAUGGUGGCCAUGUUGGUGCCAAAUUCAAAAGAACUUAAGGAGAUUCUUUGUUGAGAGGGGACCAACAUGGCCGUCGCCCACAUCAUUGGAAGUCAAGAAUACAGGGUGUAUCAAAAUAAAGGUAAUCGAACUUCAGCGCGCUAUUCUAUUGUAUCUGAAUUACUCUGCGUAUGAACGAGAUUUUUCAUAUUCGGAAACUGAUCAGGCGUUUUGCUGUUGACUGAGAUGUUCUUCAUGCCAAAUGGAUAAAAAUUGAGCAAAUACGAAUCCGAUAAAAAUGUUAGUAAGAAUCGCAUGUUUUCGUCAUUGAGAGGGUCUAAAACGAUUAAAAAUGAACCCCUUUCGGACAUUUUUGCUUCAAUAAACUACGCACAUGUCAAUAAUCAUUAUUGAGUAGGAAUAAAUAGUCUCAGCUAAGCCACGACAAGUUUGUGAUUAAUUGUUUUUUCGUUUGUUAUACACUGCUUUAAUUAGGCACAGAGGUGAAAAUAUGCGAUUCUGACUGCAUGACAUUUCUUAUCGGACUCGUAUUUGUUCGUUUUUUAUUCACUUGGCAUGAAAAACAUGUCAUUCAAAAGCCUGAUCUUUCCGAAUAUGAAAAAAAUUGUUCAUAUAUACGCCGUGUAAUUCACGUACAAUAGAGCGCUGAAGUUCGAUUACCUUUUUUCAUACACACUGUAUAUAUCGUAAAGAACAAAGUCAAUGUCUGUAAAGCAUGAUGUUUUGAAGCGAUGAAAAAAAUGCAAAACCUGUAUCAAUUGAAAUCAUAAAACCAGUAUCUGCUUUAUUGUUGUUUAAGUAGAAAAUCGUUGAUUAAAUUAAAACAAAUUCAUGGCAUGGAAUCGGAUAACACAUAAUAAUAUAAUUAAUGAUUCACCAAUGUAUUAUUACCAUAAGCAGGAAAAGAAGACGAAAGAGAAAUUCCCAUACAGAGUCACCGAUCGCAAUUGUUGGUUUAACACCGUCGUUAUCCAGAGUGAAAAGAUCUGGCAUCAUUCCUAAAGUGGCAUUAUUUAGUGCAGUCUUUCUUGUUACUUGGUUGUUUGACAUCAAUCACCCCUGUGACAAUUGGUAUCAUUCUCAAGAUGUUGGUAAAAUCGCAAGACUGCAAGGUAAUCCUAAGGGAAAGGAUUCAUUUUCUCUCCGAUUUUGGAAAGCUCUUCAGCUCUCCACAAAUCCAAAGCCCAUUAAUGGCUAUAGGCCACAGAAUAAAGAUCCAUACAGAAGGGCCACUUACGUCGGAAUCUUUGAAGUUUCUGUCCUCGCGCAUGUCGCAUUGCGCAUGUUGGCCGCCAUUUUUCUAGCCAGUCAGUAACAUUUUCUGGCCAAUAAACACGUUGUACUGGCUGGAUGCUCCGCCUUCUGGCCAGUAAACUGCAUAUCUUUACAUAAAAAAACGAGGGCACGUUGCAAAUUUUGAUAACUGUAUAUGCAAUACACCGGCCCUUCCUGAAUGUACGUCACCUUGGUUACAGAGUCUUGUUUUCCAUAGCAUUAAUCAAAGCCAAGUUUCGCAAUCACGACAACCAGGCUUUAUAGCCAUGGUGACGUACAUUCUGGAAACGUGAAUUCAGUAGUUGUGGGUGACUGCUUAGCGGCGACGUCCAUCACUUUAUACAUAGUGGUAAUUAAUUAAACUGUCCUAUAAGGUUGGCAAGAACAUCAAAUAUGCUUUUUAAAACUAGAAUAAUACUGUUUUCUAGCGGGUUCUAGUCAUCCAGCAUAUACUGUAGUGCUAUCAAAACCGAUUGAACAAUCACCGAAACAUCUUCGUAUUAUUUUGCUUCAAAACGUAUAUAGAGAUGUAUUUUAUUUACCAACAUAUAUAUUAAAACUGACAUUGCCAAUUUGCCCCUUUAGGAUCAUUCAAUUCCCUCGAAAUAUCCACGCACUUUUCACUCGAUUGCUGGACAAACAGAGUUAACAUGAAGUAUUAGUAACUGAUCAACACUGAACGCAGGCUCGCGUUUACGUCAGUGUUGCCAUGGCAACACGAUAAUUUUAUUUUCUAUAUAUUUUUUGUACAACUAUAUAACAAAUAAAUUGUUUUUACUUAAUAAAACAAAAUAAGUUCAAAUUGUUGAAUAAUUUCAGUUAGGUUUUCAAAUUAAUUUGCUCUCCUUCAUAUUUUAUCAUUUUUUCUUACAAAAAACGGGGUAAUUUAGCAAAAUUUAAUACAGUUUCAUUGAAAAGGAGCGCAAUGACUCUUACGCAACAAAUUAAAGCAACAAAAUUCAUAAACAUUAAACAUUCAAAGCAAACUUGCCCUACAUUUCACGCGAUUUCCCACAGUAAAUCAAUUCUUAUCAUUUCUUCAAACAAAAAUUGUUUCAAAGCUCAUUGUGUGAAACGUGAUGUUCCAAUUAUAUGCUUUUGAAAAUUGAAAUCUUGCUUCUCCCACUCCUGGCAAACAGCCAUAUUUUUGAAAUCAGUAAAGAUGACCACCCACUGUUGGUCACCCACGCCCGUGAUCAUUGAUGAACUUUGGACUUCGCUAGUGCUUUCCUUUCCCUAUGUAAAUAGUCGGGCGGAAUUAGUACGCACGCCCCGAACUAACGCCCGUAACGGCGCUCCGCGCCGUUGGCUCGGGGAUAAAUAAAUGUAAGUAAUAAUAUAUAAAUAAACUAGAAAUACAUGCAUGCAGAAACCCUCGCCUCCUGACAAAACCAUUGUAUUUUCCGAACAUGAAGUAUUUAAAGUGGUUGUCGUGAUAACACGAUAAUUUUUUAAGAAUGUUUUUACAAAUGAAAAAUCCCCUAAAAAUAUCACUUUAAUUAGAAAAUUACCAAUUUCCCAAACAUAUUUUUGUUAGGUAUGUUAUUAUACGUAAUAUAAGCUUCAAUUUAAGGUAAAAUUCAAUCACAAACGCUUCGCAAAACUCUUUAAAGUGUUGUUUAUAAAACUAAACUGCCUUUUGGCUUUAUCGAUAAACUUUGAGUUUGAAAUAAAAUGAUUUCAAAUUCUCGCAUGCAAAUAACUUUGCUUUCUUUUUUAUUUAAAAAAAAUAUAAUAAAAAAAGGGUCGUCAAUAAAGUAUACACUGAAAUUAUAUGCUGUCUUGUUUCGUUUAUACGCAACGUUUAUCCGAUCGACUUUUAAACAAUACAUUAAUAUUUAAAACAAACUUACCUUCGUUAACGUCGGCGCCUUUGCUCCCUUCUUUUAGCCGAUUCUUUCGCCCUUUUUUCUUAAAAAGCUUUUGAAAUUCCCAAAAUCUUGCAAAAUGAAAUAUAUUUGCAAGCUUAGAAAUCAUCAAAUCAAGAAAUGUUUGCUAUUUCGCUGUCGUCAUGCAGUCGUUAUAAUGCAAAUUUUAUAUUUGACCAAUCAGUGUUCGCUACUCAUGACAGUCCUCCAUAUUGUUGAGAUCAGUGAGGAUGACCUCCCACCGUUGGUCACACACGCCCGCGAUCAUUGAUGAACUUUAGACUUCGCUAAUGCUUUCGUUUCAAUUCCCCGGGUGUAAAGAACCGGGGGGGAUUAGUACCCUCGCCCCGGGCUUACGCCCGGAACGGCGCUCGGCGCCGUUGGCUUGGGGAUAAGUAAAUAUAAUGUACAAGACAUAUAAAUAUAUAAUAUUAUUUUCUUUCUACCUACAGCUGAGUUGCCUGCUUGUCCUACAAGUGUUAGGCAGAUAAUAGUGGAUGAACAGUUCGUGGCAGAUUCUGGAAUUAAACGAAUCCUGAGCGGCUUCUAUCAUCCUGGUAGUACAUCCUGUUUUCGUUCCAGAACCGCGAGGUAGAGUUGUAAUAUUUUGUGCUCGUUUGAGCACCCUAACUCCAUUAGGUUCUGCGCAAGUGCAGAGGCGUUGAUGUCAAUGUGUUGUUUACCACACGCAGUUGGUGAGAGCAUGCAAGGUCAUGUCUAUAAAAAUAUGGUGGUCAUCAGCUAUCUAGAUUUGGCGUGCAAGGUGUGCUGGUGAUUGAGGCGUACGAUGCUGAGACAUGCAAAACAUGCAAGUACUACUUAGUACAAUCGCAUGUUAACAUGUAAUCUAGUUUAUUAUUAGCAUGACAAAAUUACUGGAUGCUGAUUGGUUGAGAGGAGUACAAUUAUUUCAUUUAUUGUACUGCAGUACAAUUAAUGAUUUUCACAACAAAACAAAAUGGCGGAAAUGUAUUUUAACAAAAUACAAAUGUGAAAUGAAAUUGCCCCAGAGGAACUAAAUGAAAAUACGAACAAAGGCACCAAAUUUUGGUUGAAAGUAUGGCAGGACUGGGCUUUGGCGAGAGAAUAUGAUGUUGACAUUGAGAAGUAUCCAAUUUUGUCAUGCUAAUGAUAAACAAGUAAUCAUGCAAUGUUGCUCGUACAAUUAGGGAUUAAUAGUACUCGUGAUGUUUGGAAAUUUGCCAAAUUGGACUCGCCCCGGCGGCUCGUCCAAUUUUGGCAAAAAUUUCCAAACAUCACUCGUACUAUUAAUCCCAAAUUGUACUCGCCAUCGCAUGAUUACCUAUACUAAUUUAGUACUGACGAAAUGUAUGCUAAUUCGAUCGUAUGCUGAUUCAUAGCACAUUAGACUAGCUAAUCUAAAUCAACAAAAUACGCAAUCUCACGCCACAUUGCGCUUCUGGAAAUAUUUCGGUUUUUUGAAUAGCUGAAAAUACAAUAUAAAAUAUUUCCUGCCAGAUUGGUCAUUUUGAUCGUGGGAAUAUGAAGACCCAGUCAGUAGUAGUGAAUUUAUAACCGGUACCUGUAAAAAUACAUCAUUCAAUCCCACAUUCCAAUAAUACCGGCGUCAGGAGUUAUUUCUGAGUUCAAUUACAUGAAGGAACGAAGCAGAUAUGUUGCAAACAAGUUAUCUUUGUGUUUUCAUUUAGUCCAUCAGGUGCUGGACAACAAUGUUGUUAUAAUGGUGAUUCACUGAUAGUAGGACCUCCUGGUGGUGGUUCGUUGGAUAUAGCGGCUCCUGACAAUUUCUGGGCCCACAUCGGACGAGAUGUUUUACCCUGGUGGGCUUGUUGUAAGAUCACUAAUAACUGCAAUAAAUAUUAUGAUAGACGACCUUCCGAUAAUGGCUCACGAUAUGUACCACCCCCAAUUGGUAAGUAAAUUUCAUAACAAGGAACUUUAUUAUAAAAUUAUUAAUCCAUAUUUUAAGAGAAAAUAGUAUUAUUUAUUUUAGUGGUGAAAAUAGAACAGUCUGAUUGACUGAGAAGUCUCUCCGAGCGGGCCCGUUUUUCUCAUCUACUAUAGUGAGUUUUUCAAAGAUUGCAAAAUUGCAUGCACUUGUCCAAAUUUUGGUCAAAUAUACAUGGUGUUUGAAAAACUCACCCAUCUUUUUUCAAAUGGCCUCGAAACUAUACUAUUUUAAACACCGCGGGGAAAAGUCGUAAAUGGCUAUAGAUCUUAUUCAUAAAUCGUAAAUCGGGGCCUCGUACCCUGGGAAACGGGAAAAAACGCUGGAAAAUUUACGAAACAAUAACAUUUGACGUUUUCUUGUGAUUUUUGACCUCUUGUUUUCUUUUAUAUUGAUGUCAAAUUAUAAAAAAUAAACUUUCGUGCCAUAGUUGUCUUGAUUUUUCACGGAAUAACCUAGUAUAUAUUGACGUUAAAAUCUCUGUAAAAUGCUGAUGUUCAGAUAAACACCAUAGCUACGUUGUCAUAUUUUCACAUUUUCACACAAAAAUGGGAGAAAAAGUGGUCGUUUUUGUAAUAUAUAAUGGUCAUUGAACUGAGUGGAGUGCAACUUGGACUGAAAUCAACGCGUGACCGCUUCGCGGUCGUGCGAUUUGCAACACCAAUUUAAUUUCAGUCCAAAAUUGCACGACACGAAGUUCAAUUUCCACUUAUUGUAUUCAUUUUGAAAUCUUAAAUAUUUUUGUACAGGGUCGGAUGUGUUUGUAAACCGGAAACGUUUUUGUUUGCAAAAGACACACCUCCAGUAAUCUCUGGUGCCUCCCUGAGUGCUGUAGCAUAACAACAUUAAGCGAACAACAUGAACUUAGUUUUGUUAAAUUGCAUUAAAUUUAUUAAUAUACGUUCAAAAUACUGCAAAAAUGUUAAAGAAAUGAAGACAGUUAUAAAGAAUAAGAAACAACACAAGUUUACGUUUAAACAUAUUGUAGGUUUUACGAGUGAUUUGAAAGAGUUUUUUGUGCAGUUUUGGACUUUUAAGAUUGCAAAUAAGCGAAUUUACCUUUGUUUUUCCUGACGCUUUAAAUUUGCUUUUGUUAGCAUUUUGACCAUGUUUGAUAGAAUAUUAUGUUCUUAACAUUGGCCUGUUACUAUUUGUGAAGUUUCAAAAAAACUAAAAAUUCUUUCAAUUCUUUGAUAGUUUACUGUAGCUAUCCAUAUUUUUUGUUUUUAUGUGCAAAAAAUUGCUUAGGCCCUCAAGAGUAAUCAUGACAUUAUGUAAUUUUUUUGUUUUUGCUCAUUUGCCAUUUCACAUUUUUCUUAAAAUUGAUUGGCUCUUUGAAUCCUAUGACUAAAUAUGAUUGGUUGAAAUAAGUGAUUGGUUGAAAGAAGGUGAGAUUUCAGCACGAAUCGAGAUUUGUGCUGAAAUUGCAUUCCUGUGAACCAAUCAGAUUGCAGGAAACAUGCACCACUGAUUUCAAAAUAAAGUCGUUUAUAUAGCUUUCGCUGUGGGCACUACAGCCACGCAAAAAUCGUUAUAAAUCGAAAUAAGCAAAACAAGAAACACGCCGUGAAAUUCCGAGUUAAAGUGAAAAUAAUCCGGGCGUCUAAAUUUGGCGUGUUGAGCAGAUUUCGCUUGUUUUCCCGCGUUUAUUUCCGUUUCAUAAAGGCCCGGUCACACUAGUGCGUAUGAGAAGCGUAUGAAAAUUAAUGAAAUAAUUUUCAUACGCACAAAAAUCCUUUGAAAUGCCAGCGUAUGAGUACCGUACAUCUGGCGUACCUCUAGCGUAUUCAGCGUGUGCCUAGAGUAUGCUUAUCGUAUAAAGCAUACGUUCGAUACGCACAAAAAUUUUGAACAUGCUUAAAAAAAAAUUUCUGCCUCGCCGUAUGCCAGCGUAUGCCACAGUAUGCGACCGUGCUUGAAACGUAUACAACCUAUGCCUAACGUACCCUUAGCGUAUGUCAGCGUAUACCGGCGUAUGAGUGAUAUUUUUCAUACGCUGGCAUACGCUAGUACGAUACGCAAUAGUGUGACAGGGCCUUAAGAUAUACGAGACCCCGAUUGCAAUUUAUGAAUAAGGUUUGUUUAUUCACUAUACAGAAAAGAAACAAAGAAGAAAAUACAGAAAACGGGCAUAAUGUGAUCUUAAUCAUGAGAUCUCUAACACUUAAAGUAUAAAAAAUAUAAAUUAGAGAAAAAAAGUCUGAUUUGAAAGAGCAUAUAUCAAGCGCUUUGUGCAAAAUGAUUAAUUACCAAAGUUUAGACGUAAAAAAUAAGAAAACUCUUGAGAAAAUAAGGCUCUUAUUUUAAUAUCAUAAAUCUUCCGAGUGAGUCAUAGAGUUUAAUUAUUGUUUGCGCAAAAAAUUUUUAUUAAAGUCAUUGAGAAAAAUAUGUGGAUGAUGUGAACCUAUACUAAAAAUAUCUUAAUUUGUAAGGUCCAGUUAAAGAAUUGCAGAACUUUUUAUACAAUAAAUUUAUUGACAGCCACCAGUGGUACAUUUUCUUGCAUAAUACAUUAUAUUGUACAUGUAAUUAUUUGUAGUUUUUAGAUUGUCACAUUCAUUAUUUCGCUUGCACUUGAUUCUCACAGAAAAGGUAAAACAUCGAAGUCGCCCCUUGUCGUUUCCAUUUUGAGUUUUUGAGAACCUUCGGAACACUUAACACCAGGUUCGCAAGGCAAAUUUCCGUAUGGCUGACGCAUACGCAGACGUUUCUCCGCGGUGGUACUAUUAUACCUGGUCCAAUAGAAGUAGCAUAUACUGUAGUAUAUAAUUACAACCAAUUUAAUCGACUAUAUAACUGACUAAAAGAAGUCAUUUACAAAUGAAUAAUAUACAUUUGUUACAGCGGAUACAAGGGGAGAUCCGCACUUAUCCACGUUUGAUGGCACAUUCUACACUUUUAAUGGUUAUGGUGAAUAUAUCCUCCUUCAAGUGAACAAUAGUGUAGACUUAGAGUUUCAAGGAAGAAUGAUACCCAUAGUUGAUGAUCAGGGACGUAGAACCAAGGCAACAGCGCUAACCGCAUUAGUUGUCAGAGCAGCUGCAAGUGAUACUGUACAGGUAAGAUUGCGAAUUACCACUUGUUUCAUUCACGAUCAUUUAAACGCAUAUAUAACAAUCAGUGAGUUGACUUUUAUACCAAUUGAAAACCUUUUCAAGCAAAGUUAUAACAAUAUAAAAAUUAAAGAGGUUUACAUUAUGCAUGAUUACAUACCUAACGUAUAUAUUUGGGAAAUUGACAAUUUUAAGAUAUAUUCAUGUAUAUGGGGAAUUGAUAAUUAAAAAUGAUUUUUUUGAGUUUCUUCCCAAUUUUGAAAAAUAUAAAUUAUAGAAUUAUCGGGUUACAAUGACAACCCCUUCAAAUACUUCAAUAAUCAGUCGAAUCGUAGGUACUGUAUGUCCAAGGGUAUUAUCACCCCUUGGCCCUGGCCAGUGGCGGAAAUCUUGGUGGGGCAGGGGGGGCGACCGCCUCCCCCCCCCCACCUUCACGGAAUAUUGCCAAAUUUUCGGAAAUUUUGACCUAAGAGAGGGCUAAAAACAGUCUUUGCGAGUGCAAAUGGGGGGGGGGGUUCACGGAAAUUUGAAAGUUUUGUCGGAAUUUUAGGAGGCUUUGCCCCCCCCCCCGGAAAAAGUGAAUUUCCGCCACUGGCCCUGGCAAAUUUUGCCGAGCAGAUUUCGCCGAAAAUAUUUCUUAGACGGACAAUGGAAUGAAUAAUGCAUUAGUUAAAAUGUUAAAAUUUAUUCCAAACGGCCAAAGUUUGAAUAGAUUAAUCCAAGAUUGCAUAAUAAUGUACUUGCUAUAGACCAAUUGGAAUACAUAAAAGUUUUCCUUUGCCGCAUUUUUAAAAAGGCCCUGGAAACGAGGUUGGAUCGUUACCAGUCUGGCGGAGCCCUAUCGGGGAUUAUCACCCCUAGAGCGUUUGGUCUCUCCUCGCAGGUCUUAUAUAUACGCAUGCGGGAUGAAAACAUAAGGCUCAAUGAGUCUUUGGGUUAACCAGAGUUUAAGAGUAUAAUGCGGUCUAUUUAUAAUUAUAUAUGCACAAUGUGCGCCAAAGUCCAAUGUGCUACAAGUUAGGGAAAGUACAUUUAUUAUGCCUAGGGAGGAGAUGAAGAUGUCUUGAAAAACGCUCAUAUUUUUAUAAGGUCCCUGUUGAGGAUAUUGGUAAAUUUUCGAUGCCCCCUUCCAAAUUCUUAAAAUUUUCAAUGCUACCCCCCCGAGAAUCCGGAAUCGUAGCAAUUCUCUCUUAUCGCAGAUAAAAAUUGCAGUUCCUCAAGAUGUCUGAUAUACUCAAGCACGUGCUUCUCCUCAACAAAAAUACCGUCUUGUUGCUUCUUUCACCUCACUAUCGCCAGAUGAAAUGGCACCGUUUUCAAAAGCCGUUUUAGAUUGGCUCAAUGUGCGAAAUUAUCAACAGGUUGUUAUUGUCUAUCAUUCACCGUAUUGGAGUCUUGAACACGUUCAUGUAGUGACCGGGAGUUCCUGGAUCAGGGUAAUGUGCUGGAAACCCUAGAGAACCUCGUCCCCACCCUAACGUAUCUCCUGGCAUCUGUUGCAAAUUUUUUGCAUGCCUGUCAAAAAUGAAUGCAAAAGCACCAGUGUGCUUCAAUUUCUUUAAUUUUCAUCCCGUAUGUACUGAAUAUAUCAUUCUUACAAAUCGUACGUUUUUUUAAAAUUUUUAUUUUGGGACUGCUACCUUUUGGCGGGUAAAUUACGUCACAAACUUGGCGCCAAAAAUUGGAAAUAAGCUAUUGGUGAUUUUAUAAAUCCAUUUAGAAGAGUAACCUUUAACACAGUAACCUUUCAAAACAGUUUUUACAUCAGAGCAUGCAGAACGUGGAACACUACCAAUAUAUUUAUAUAAGAAACUAACUUUAUUGUCUUCGUUUAAACGUUGUCUAUUUAAUUACUAUUUGUUAUUAACUUCUAAUGUUUAUAACCCAUAAUUGCCGCACAUACAAGACUGUUUGUGUCAAAUGUCACAAAGGCCGUCCUUUCGAUUCACUCAGUGACACUUCGUGCUGCUAGUACCAUUUCUUUAUAUUAUGCGAUUGACCCUUUUUUUGUUGACUUUGGUUUUUUUUUGUGAUGCAUUAGUUAGUGUACGUUUAACUCUUUGUAUACAAUAUUUCUAUGUAUUUUACAACUCACACGGAGAACCCGUUAUUGGAGCUUCGGCUCUGUGGGUGCGCCCUUCCUGUUUUUUGAGUAAAUAAAUAAAUAGAUAAACUAGUAUACUUAUCAGUAGUAGCUAAAUGCUGACUUCGUCCUUAAUUUGACGAUAUAUCAAAAACGGCCUCAUCUUUCCAUAUUAACAACCCCAUUUUAAAUGCAAUCGUAGGCUCCUAACCCAUCGUAUGAAUAGAUCCUUGUUUCGGUCACAAAUAUAUUUCUUUGAUCUUGACCGUAAUCACAACCCAUCUCUAACCCUGGCUUUAUUAUUCGUGAAACAUGAGAAUCUGACCAUAUCCUACCAUUACUCUAAUAUGUGUGAAUGGCAUCAGAACGACAAUAGUAUAUGGAAACUUGUACCCAUUUUUGGAACCGUUUCACUGGACCACAAUAUCAGCCAUAAUUCUUUUAAGACCACACAUAUUAUUCAAUGCUUUUAAUUACAUUACUUCAAACUAUCACACAACCACAACUGUACAGUGAGUGCGGUAUGUACUAUUUAAGACACGAGCAGGCGAGUGGUUUUUAUCAGAUAUAAAUUUUGCUCAUAUAUCUCGUAUACAGGGUGUCCCAAAAAAACACAAAAGCGAUUGAAAUAACGUAUUGUUAGAAUUCGAAUGUCUCAGCACUCUGCUGAAUCCACAAGUGCAUAAAAGCUCGACAUAAGUAUUAGGCUAAGUAAAUUCUAUGCAUAAAGAACUGUUUAAUAAGAAGCUGCUUUAAAUUCCCAAGAGCAGAGAAUCGUGAGCUUUACAAAUUAAGAUAUUUUAAUUUCUUAAUAAGUCAAUAUUUAAUAUGUGCACUCUGUCAAUAUUUUUCGCAUCUUUGCGUUCUGCUUACUGCUAGGGUAUUGAAAUUCUAACAAUACGUUAUCCAUUAGUUUUGGGGUUUUUUUUGGGACACCCUGUAUACCGUCGGCUGGCUGAUAUUUUACUUCGCUUGAAUAUAAUUCUUCGCCAAAUUCCCUUUCUUUUGAAUUUACUGAAGUGAAGUCGUUUACGAACUGAAUACCGAACAAUAUGGAGCAAAACUUGCAUCUAAGGACGUCAAAUUAAAGCCACGUUACUUCCAAAAUUGCAUUCGACACAUGCCUAUAACAUAACAAAAUAGCAUACAAAGCAUCGUUCUUUUAAAAUGCCUUACUAUAGUCAUUGUUGGCAGUGGCCGAUGCCAUGCUUCCGUGUCAAUUCCUUAUAGUCAAAUUAUAUUCAAACAAAAAGUCAACGGACGAAACGUACCAUGUUUAAAUUACGCCAAACUGAUCGACAACAAUUGAGAUGAAAUUGAUUCGCUUUUAACGCUUGAAAUGAACGCUUUCAGGCAUACAAUUACAAUGUAGAUUACUAAUGAGAUUCCCCGUAUUUAUAGCAUCAUGCAUGCAAAGAAUUCUGGUCGGUUAGCAGCAAUGCAUUCUGGUCGGUUAACAGCAGUGCAUUCUGAUCGGAGAAACGGUAGUAAAAUCUUCCUUUCAGAGCCCAACGCGAAUUAGAACUGGUGACUUGCUCGCUCGCUUCAGGCUCGCUCGCUGCGUCAGCAGUUCGGCAUCAUACAUUGCAUUUACAAACGGUAGUUGUUGAUAUGACUUUUUGUGUAAAAACUUAGCAAUCUCGCCCGGAAGUACGUUGGUCUUCAGUCGUUGUUGAUCAUCUGUUGUUGGUUUUAAAUCCAACAUCAAAAUACCCAUGAGGUCGGCUCGUGGCAUCUUCAUAACUCCUGAUAAACUCUUGCACUCUUCCAGGAUUUAUUUGCCUUGCAAGCAUAGAAAUUUGCUGUUGAUCUCUUGGUAACUUGAACAGUACAAUAUAAUGAGCAUUAAGGCUGAUAUUUCUCAUUUCUUUGCCCUGAUAAAGUAUGUUUUGGACAAUAUAGAUGAUGGACAAAUUUCGGUGAUGGCUCCCUUUGGUAAAAAGAUCAGCUAUACGUUUGUCUUUACUAGAUUGUGCCAUGAGAUCGUCCAGUACGACCAAAUUACGUUGCGAUACGUCCAAGUUAUCCACUUUGUCGAUAUUCUCGGGAAUGCCAUUAUUGAACUCGAUUCCAGGCAUCGUCGUCAACAUAUCAAAAUAAGAUGGUUGCCACUGACCAUAACACCAGAUGAUACGUUGAGGAGGUGGACUUAUAGUUUUCUGUGAAUUCUCCAGGAGAGUUUUCACCCACAUAAUCUUACCACUUUGUGUACACCCAGCUAUGAUGCAAGUAAAUGGGUGCUGCAUAACACUGGACCUGUUGCUGAUUACAACUAACCUUCCUUUAUCUGUACUGGUGUUACGCAUCUGUUUCUUGUGACGUGAACGGUUACCAAGUGUUGAAAACGGUCUUCCACAGCCCUCGCAGGGAUAAGCAUGUUUACAGGUUCACAAUCAAAUGUAAAAUGAUCAUGAAUUCGAAGUUUGUGUACCGUUACAUAAAUACUAUUAUGUGGUCAAACCAACAUAAAUAAUCCUAUGAUAUUGAUAUCCUAAGAUACUGUAUGAUAUUCUAAGAUGCUGUGUGAUAUCCUAAGAUACUGUAUGAUUUCCUAAGAUAUUUAUAUGGAGUAAGAUAUUGAUAUUCUAAGAUAUUGGUAUCCUAAGAAAAUGACAUCUUAAGUUAUCCUAGGAUACUGUAUGAUAUCCUAAGAUACUGUACGAUAUCCUAAGAUAUUGUAUGAUAUCCUAAGAUACUGUAUGAUAUCCUAAGGUAUUGAUAUCCCAAGAUAUUGAUAUCCUGAAAUACUGUAUGAUAUCCUAAGAUAAUGAUAUCCUAAGAAAAUGAUAUCCUAAGAUAUUGAUAUCCUAAGAUAUUGAUAUCCUGAGAUAUUGAUAUCCUGAGAUACUGAUAUCCUAAGAUACUGUGUGAUAUCCUAAGAUAUUGAUAUCCUAAGAAAAUGAUAUCCUAAGAUAUUGAUAUCCUAAGAUAAUGAUAUCCCAAGAUAUUGAUAUCCUGAGAUACUUUAUGAUAAGUAUAGGUUAUUUUGAGGCAACGCGAGGGGAUAUGUGAUUUAUUAUAUCCCCGAGGUGCCUCAAAAUAACGUAUUGAUUUUUCACAUUGCGAGGUCGCGUUAAUGAGUCAGAAUAGAAAUAAUUCUUAAUGCCAUAUUGCCUUCGUUAUGUUUUUUUUUUCUCAUUUUCUGUGCUGUAAAGACAUUAUACAGGUGAAUAUUAGAGGGGAUUAUUAAAUUGAAAUGAUUAGAGGGGAAUAUUGAAUAUAUUCCCCGUUAAGAACAAAGGAAACCGAGCAAGGUGAAAAAUAACCUAAGAUAUUGAUAUUCUAAGAUAUUGAUAUCUUGAGAUACUGUAUGAUAUCCUAAGAUAUUGAUAUCCUGAGAUACUGAUAUCCUAAGAAAAUGAUAUCCUAAGAGAAUGAUAUCCUAAGAAAAUGAUAUCCUAUAGAUAUUGAUAUCCUAAGAUCAUGAUAUCCUAAGAUAUUGAUAUCCUAAGAAAAUAAUAUCCUAAGAUAAUGAUAUCCCGGCUAAGAAAAUGAUAUCCUAAGAGAUUGAUAUCCUGAGAUAUUGUAUGAUAUCCUAAGAUACUGUUAUCCUAAGAUAUUGUAUGAUAUCCCAAGAUACUGUAUGAUAUCCUAAUAUAUUGGAAGAUAAAAUCUGUUUUCGUUAAUAUAUAAAUAUGUUUUUCAACAAAAUCUUCAUUCCGUUGUUGACCGCCGAACAGAGAUGACUAGCAGUUAUAUCAAACACAGACCGCUUGUGGCGCUCCUAUAUGUACUUCUCAUACAAUUCAACAACAAACUUUGUUGAAUUCUACAUCUCAUGAACAGAUUCGCUUUCCAUGUAAUUGCUUGGAAAACUUUAAAUAUCCUAAAGGAAACGAAGGACAAACUCAAGCCUUUCAAAUAAGAUCUAUAUAGCUGACUUGGCGGACAGAGGUAGAAGUUUUAGAACGAAAAGAAAAAUUCUUGUUCAGCGCGGGAGUGACUUUCUAGAAUUGGUACUUGCGCCACUUUUAGAGGGCCUUGCAGAAUUAGUAUAAAAUACUCAUCAUUAAUUCACAUCGUCAUUCCAAUUAUAUGGACAGCAAUUGCAAGGAAAGAUCAUCUCCAAGACAUUGGCGCGUUGAAGAUAUACUUGGACACUUUAACGAUAAUGUUGAAUGCUGAAGAACUUAUUCACUGAAUUCUCACAUCCACGAAUAUUCUCACAUGGAAUGUUCAAGGGAAAAUUGUAUACAAAGGACAGAAUAUACGUGGAACAAAUAUUGUAGAUCUUUUGCAAUAUUGUGUGACGCCUUAUCAUUCAUAUAUUCCAGAACCGGCUGGACUGCAGAUAUUUCUUAAAAAUCUUGCAAAAUUGGAAAUUGAUAAAAGCCUAAUCGUAAAUGGACAUGUCCUUACAAUGCUAGCCCACAAGCAGCCACUACAUAAUGUGGAUACACAGUCUGAUAAAUCCGAGGAUGAGUCUGAAGACGUGGACACAACUUGUAACAGUUGUAACAAAGAUUUACACAUCUCCCAUUUGGGUACAUGCCCUGUAUGCUCAUGGACAGAUUUUUAUCCCAAUUGUACAAGGUGUCACUAUAUGAUCUGUGAUUUUCGACUGUACGAAGGAAAUUUCACCCAUGUAAUCCCCGUUGCUCACAUUGUCAUUGUGAUGAAAUUAUGGAUGUUAGUACGGAUAAAAGACGUUUUUUGACCAUAAAAUAGUCGAAUAAAGUGAUAUUUGAUCAAUUCACUGUGUAAAGCUAAACUCAACACAUCAAUAAGGCCGAGCGGUACACUUGCUGUAGACGCGAAACUAUUGGAUGACCAUUUCUUCAGACAGCAACGUGGUGGGAAUAUCGCAGGGUUUCGUGGUGCACGUAUGCAAAGGGGAUAUGGGAUCGGAGGUAUUUUCAAGAGCCUUGCGAGAUAUGCUAUCCCUCUAUUCAAACAAGGUGCUAAAGUUGUUGGCAAAAGAGCAUUACAAGCAGCCACGGAAGUUGCCCAAGAUGUAUCCAAGGAAAAAAAGUACGAGAAUCGGCAAAGACUCACGGUAGAGAAGUUGUUAAAGACUUUGCCGAACAAGGAGCAAAGACUCUUCUGUGUCAAACGGGGCAUGGAAGUAAGAGAAGGCGAAGUCAAUGCAGUAAUUUAUCAACUACAAAGAGGCUAAAACUGGAAGACCCAAAGGCCUACUUUGGGGGCCAAGGUCGCCUAAUGUCGCCUAAUUUCGCCUAAUGUCGCCUAAUUUCGCCCAAUUUCGCCCAUGUGCACCCGAUUUUUGAACUUUGCCUAACAGUCUAUUCGCUUAAUGUCGCCUAAUUUCGCCUAAUGUCGCAUAAUCUCGCACAAGCAUGCCCAAUUUUGCACUUUGAGUUUGUCGUCCAUUCUAGUCUAUUCCUUAUUUAUUUGUUAGUUUCCUGCAUGUUUUUUUUUAUAAAUACAUGUACACAAACACCAAGGGCAUGUGCUGUUAGGGCACCAUCUCUCACCAGUACUAAUGAGGCUUGGUUAUUUGGGGUUUAUAUGUAUAUGGAAUUACAACGCAUUAUUCCAAUGAGAAUUACCUAAAUUAUGUUGUUAAGGCAGCCUUCUGGCUAUCUUCUCCAAUGUGUUUCUUUGUGAAACUCAGUCAAAUUAGACAAUCACAUGCCAUUAAAUGUUGUAUAUGAAAUCAAAGUGGCGAGUGCUAAAGUACAGAAUACCUCUCACUAGCCUAGUGAAGUACACUAGGUAUCCUAAAGGCCGAAACAGUACCGUCUGCAGUUAUAUAUGUACUGUUUAAUAAACGAGCAGGAGUGUUUUAUUAGGUUUAAAGACACGAGCGCGCAGCGCGAGUGGCUUUAGACCUAAUAAAACACGACCUGCGAGUUUAUUAAACGGCUUCAAACACGACUACAAAUUCAAUAGAUAUACCGCCUUAUUAGUAUUCUUUAUAUAAAAAAUACUAAUGAGGACACAACAACAAUAGAUACUGCCUUAUUAGUAUUCUUUAUAUAAAGAAUACUAAUUAGGAGUGUUUUUUCAGGUUUAAAGCCACUGCACGUGACAUAUUAUGGUUGACAUGAUUUGCCAAUAAGCUUAUGAAUUAUUAAUGAGUGUUUGAAGUACUAUUUAAAAUACUCAUUAAUAAUUCAUAAACCUUGUGGCAAAUCAUGUCAGCCAUAAUAUGUCACGUGGAGUGACUUUAUAUCUGAUAAAACACAUGUGGCAUUGUAUAAUUGUUCAUCCUAAUUAGCAUUAUUAUAUAAUGGUUCAUCCUAAUUAGUAUUCUUUUGUAGUCGUAUUUUAAGCUAUUCAAAACACUCGUUGUCCUUUUUUAUAUCUGAUAAAAUACUCCUACUCGUGUUUUAAAUAGUGCAUAUAUAGACUAUAAAUAAAGAAAGUCAUCUAUAGUAUGUUCAAAAUACGACUUUGUAGUUUGUAAAAUAAAAUUACUUACUUUUCGACGAAGCUACGAUGAUCGACAUCUCAUAAUUAGGUAUCAUCGCAAAAGAUACAGAGCAAUGAAUGCACCACAGAAAGAUUUCUGGUACAGGUUAUUAAAAAAUGUCGCCAAGGCCCGCCAUAAUCAAUUAUUAUGUUUCCUUACACGAAGUAGUACAAGUUAGAAGCUAAACCAUUAAAUUAGACGUGCCGUGGUAUUGCGGGCUCAAAUCCCAGCCGCCAUUUCUUUUAAGCAUUUUUUUAUAUUAACGAAUACACGAAUAUAAACUUUAGUGAAUUCAAUUCUUGUUUCUAUUUAUUAAUUUAUAUUUGAUUCUUGCUGAUAAUACAUCAAACAAGGUACUUUCAUCGUUAUUUCGUGAUUUACUUACUUACUAAUAAAAAACCCAAUACCAAACACCACGAUGUAGUAAUGUACGUACACAGUACAGUUGAACAUAUUAACUUUAUAAUUUAUACUGUAACUACAAGAAAACUAUAUUAAUAAAAAGUUUGCAACUGUUGAAAGCCUCUCAACUAACGUUUAAAGUUAAUUUAAGCGAGCAAAUUUAUUAGCACCUUGCCCACUUCCAUCACUGCAUACCACAGUCCAUAAACAGGUUUUAAAACUCUAUGAGGUGUUUACACCAGUCAAUUUAAUAAGAAGUCAGAGUUCCAUGAUACUGUAAAUGUACCAUGCACUGGGCAUGUAUGUGUACUACGGUAUAAACUUUGAGUAAAUUGUCAGGCUAGCAGUUAGAGAAAUGUUCCUUGUUCAUAUUUUUGCAAACUAUUUGUAAUAAACUAAUUGUGUUCUUUGCCACAGGAACCAAUUUUUGAUAACUAAAUUAUAUUUUGAUAUUUACUGUUGUAUUUUUUAUGUAGAUGCAUAAUUUGUGAAUUAUAAUAUUUGACAUUAUCUGGAUAUUGCUGUUCAGUUUUGUCCAAUGUCGCCCAAUGUCGCCCAGUUUCGCACACUACUUUUCUUUGAAAAUUGCCAAUGUCGCCUAAUGUCGCACAAUGUUGCACAUAAUAACGGCGACCUUGGCCCCCAAAGUAGGCCUACCCAAGACGUAACAAAUGGGUUACAGAAGAUGAAAGUAGCCACAACGAUGAAUCGGAUAGUGAAACGUCUUAAACAAGUGACGAUAUAUAUUAGAAGCAUAACUUUGUAAAACGUUUUGAAGAAAUAAAUGUAUUUUAAAACUGAAAUCUUGGGGAAACGUUUGUCUGCAAAGCACGCUCUUAGAAGUAGACCUUACUAAAUUUUGUAAAACGUUUUGAAGAAAUAAAUGUAUUUUAAAACUGAAAUCUUGUGCUAACUUUUGCCUGCAAAGCACACUCUUUCCCACCCGCGUAAUUUGCCUAACCCGUCCGCCUGAUUAGUGUACAAAUAUGUUUUACAUUAAUAUAUGCAUGCACCCAAGCGUCGCUAAUUAAUGUCUGGCAACACAUAGCAACGUAUAUAACGACCGCAUAUUUGAUAAAAACAUAUUUACUUUUUUGGCAAAAUUUAUUCCACCUAAGACUGUUCUAAAAGUUUUUCCUUCAAGUAUUCUUAAUAAGCUUUCUUUCUUUUGUCAACGAGGUUUGCUUAAUAAUGAUGCAGAUUCUACUCUAAUGGAUCUUCUUGAUCCCAAUACCAAAAUAGUUCAAGAUACAUUGUAGUUCAUGACUCUCAUAUUGUGAUGCUAAUUGGUCGCGUUACCUGUCACAUUUGGCCCAGGGUUGCCCACCUUAUUGUGGUUGGUCGCGUUACCUGUCACAUUUGGCCCAGGCUUGCCCAGCAAAGUGACGCCAUAGUUUUGCAUACUAAUUAUAAAUUCCGCCAGUUAUCUGAACAAAGUGACGUCAUAGAUUUUGCAAGCUCAUCAUUAAUUUCGCCAGAGUGUUAGCUGAACAAAGUGACGUCAUAAAUUCCGCAAGCAUUAUAAAUUCAGCCAAAGUGCUAUCUGAACAAAGUGACGUCUUUGGCGGCUCCUUUGUACUCCAUAGGGGGGUCUAUCACUACUGCCGUUGGCUCGGGGAUGAUCAUACAUGGAAGUAUAUCAGGUAUACUGCGCAUCCUCAGUUAAGCAAACGCGGGUCCCAGAAGCAAAAAGCCAACUUUUGCUUUAUUACACAGAGGAAUUCUAUAAGUCAUUUACAACUCUCGUCAUCGGGCAUUAUCGGCCAAUAAAGCCCUCUUACUCGGCUGGUAAAUAUUACAUAUAUUAUUUAUGCAUUAUGUUUUUUGUUUCAAUCUAGGUCGAGUUUAACAGUCGCCGAAAGAUAGAUGUUUUUGUGAAUGGGGAUCGAGUUGAAUUUGAUGAGCAAACAAGAUUAGACUUUUCUGGGGUCCUUAUUGAAAAGCGAAACCAAUCAAAAAUUGGCAUCCACUUCACUUCAGGAAUAUCUAUAGACAUCAAAGCAAUUGAAGACUUCUUGACUUACCAGAUUUCAAUCCCAAAACGAUUCAAAGGUUUGGAUUUGAUUGCACGGUUAUAUUUGACCAAUUUGGCGUAAUUAAUUUGUAUAUAUACUCUAAAUGAAGCUGCAAUAUUUGUGUCGGAUUAGUAAAUUUAACUCUCGAAAAAUGCUGGGAGAAUACUCGAGAAACAAACACUGGCCAGUAUAGGCUGCAUUUUUUGCACGCUUCACUCGUUAUCUCUCAACAUUCCCCUCGUGCAUUAUCACCCCAUAAACGCACGAGAUUCGUUUUCUAUUUCUUAAAUGAUUACGGCAAAUUUUAAAUGAGCAGCAAUAAAUUUCCUAAAUGAUUCUCGCGAGGAAUUAGUUGAGGUAAUUCAUUUUUGAAUUAAUAAACAAGUACAAAAAUGCUAUUCACUAAUUUAGAUCUUAAUGCGUUUCAUAAACUAUUAAUUUUCAAUGUCAACAUAAUGAAAACAAACCAUGAAAAGUGAAAUAAAUUUGAAGAAAAUUGAACAUAAGCCUAAACAAGGCUUUCAUAAUUGCUGCGCCCUUUUUUCGCUUUCUUCUUGUGGCUAUAAGGAGUUGGAAAAAUUAAAUAACUUUUAAAACGGGGAUUUUAUCAUGUACUCAAAACAACUUUCUUGUUUCAGUUUGUGGCAGAUUUUAGUUGGUUGAGAAACUUGAUUGACAUCCUUUCUUUGUUUGUACGAUAUUAUUCAAUCAGACUGAGAACGGCGAGCCCUUUUAGCGCUAGGAUACGUUCGAACCUAGUAAAUACUCGGCAGGACUAUAUGUCAAACCAUUCAUAAGAUAUUUGCAUUACACUGGACUUGACUGCGUUGUACGUAUACGGCACUGUAUAAUUAUACAACGCUUGAUUACAGUGUAAUAUACUCUAUUGAUAGGCACUGUUGUUACAGAGUUUUGCAUCGUUGUUACAUAAUUUUGCGCUGCUGUUUGAGAUUAAUUGCACUGAAAUCAACCAAUCACAUUCGAGUAACAUUUUUAUGUAUAUUAUUAUAUAUAUUAUUGUGCUUUGAACACACUGUUUUAUACUAUCUGUUUUUACGCAUACUGUAUUUUAGGGAAAACAGCCGGUCUUCUUGGAUUUUGGGAUGAUAGCAAGGAUCAAGAAUUUUUGCUGCCAAACGGGAGCUUUGUUCACACAAACUCAAGUUAUCGAAUACUUCACAAUGAAUUUGGCCAGAAAUGUAAGUUUUAA